AUGCUUGGACAAGAGGAUUUCCUGCCUUUCUUCUCAAAAGUCCAAAUACCCAACGGAGAGGCCGACCACUUCCGCAAGGUGUCGGCGAAGAGGGACCCUUCCCUCUUCCCUUGGUUUGGCCUGGAUAUUGGAGGCACCUUGGUGAAACUUGUUUAUUUUGAACCAAAGGACAUCACGGCCGAAGAGGAGGAGGAAGAAGUGGAAAACCUCAAAAGCAUCCGGAAAUACCUGACGUCCAACAUCGCCUACGGAUCCGCAGGCAUUCGGGAUGUGCACCUUGAGCUAAAGGAGCUUACCCUGUGUGCACGCAAAGGCAAUCUGCACUUUAUACGCUUUCCCACUCAUGACAUGCCUGCUUUUAUUCACAUGGGCAGCGAGAAACACUUCUCCAGCCUCCAUACUACCUUGUGUGCCACGGGAGGUGGAGCACACAAGUUUGAGCAGGACUUUCGCACAAUGGGUGACCUUCAGCUUUGCAAGCUAGAUGAGCUCGACUGCCUCAUUAAAGGAGUUUUGUACAUUGAUUCAGUCGGAUUCAAUGGCCACUCUGAAUGCUACUAUUUUGAAAACCCGACGGAUGCUGAAAGAUGCCAGAAGCUGCCGUUCAACUUGGAGAACCCCUAUCCCCUGCUGCUGGUGAACAUCGGCUCAGGGGUCAGCAUUUUGGCCGUGUAUUCCAAAGACAACUACAAGCGGGUCACGGGCACCAGUCUCGGCGGAGGGACCUUUUUUGGUCUCUGCUGCCUUCUCACUGGUUGCUCCACCUUUGAAGAGGCUCUGGAAAUGGCAUCCCAUGGAGACAGCACUAAAGUGGAUAAACUCGUGCGGGACAUCUACGGGGGAGACUAUGAGCGGUUUGGAUUGCCAGGCUGGGCUGUAGCAUCCAGUUUUGGGAACAUGAUGAGCAAGGAGAAGCGGGAAUCCGUCAGCAAAGAGGACCUCGCAAGGGCUACUUUAGUAACCAUCACCAAUAACAUCGGCUCCAUAGCCCGGAUGUGUGCACUUAAUGAGAACAUUAAUCGAGUGGUUUUUGUUGGCAAUUUCCUUCGGAUCAACACAAUCUCCAUGAGGCUUCUGGCGUAUGCUUUAGACUACUGGUCAAAGGGACAGUUAAAAGCACUUUUCUUGGAACAUGAGGGUUAUUUUGGUGCAGUUGGUGCCCUCCUGGAACUCCUGGAUUCAGCCUGACUCCGCAUGGAUUCUGUACGUUGCACCUACGGAGCAGGGACAGUUCCUGGGUCACAGCGCCCACGUU